AUGUCGAUUCGGGAUUGGACGUGGGAUGAUCCAAUCGAUUGGACCACCGAUGAGACCACCGACGCCGCAGGAAGCGACUGGCAUACCUACAGCACCUGGAAUGUCAAGUUCGACGAGCUUCCGCCCUGCAUUUUGGCAAGAGUUGGUGCGUACGUGAUGGGUGUGCCCGUCGCGCAAGUUGAGGAGGUCCGCGCCUGCAAUUGCCUCAACCCCGGCCGCAAGCCCUUCCCCUUCCGUGGCGGUGCGACCACCUUUUUGCACGACACUGAAACCAAGAUGGAUAUCCGUCGAGACUUAGAGAAGUGCCGUCUGGAUGUCGGCAGUGGCCUCGGUCCCUGGUGCUUGAAGCAUGACCUCGCACGCCGCCUUGGUCGCAAACACCUUAUCGCUAACUUCGCCGCUACCAACAAGACCAUGUACAAGAAGUGGCGCGACGUGACCGCCUACGUCUUCUGCUGCGAGUCCUGCAUGAACAUCGCGAUUCUCAAGCAGCCCCUGGGAAAUAAGAGGAUGAUGACUCGAGUCCGUUUCUAUGAACGGUUCAGCGACAUGGAUAUUGAAGGACUCAGUCGGGAAGCGUAUGCGAAGGGAGACCGCGGCACUUGGGAAGACUUCCUCGUCUACGAGACCAACGGCAACCAGGAGGUUGAGUACAAGGGUUUCAAGGUUUGGGUUAAGGAAUUGGUUCUCACCAGUGAUGAUAUUUGA